GUGUCCGUGAGGCGGCGGCGGCGGCCCCGAGCCCGUAGCGACCCCGGCCCCGGCAGGACGCCGCGCCCCGGCACGGGCGGGGGCUCCGCGCCAUGCCCUGCCCAGCGUCCUGUUCUUUCGCUGGGAUCUGAGCAGAUGUUGCCCUUCCUUGCUGCCAAUGUGAAGUAUCAGAAUAGAACAGUUGGAACUUUGUGGGACAAGAGAGGACUGUUUAUUCUCUCAUUCUGUGAUUUUUAUAAGUCAAGAGCCUCAAAGUAUUGCAAGUAAAGACGAGGAUUCCUCCUCCUGCCCAGGGCCUGUCAUGGAUGAAGAGACUCAGCACAGCCUUGAAUGCAUCCAGGCUAAUCAGAUUUUUCCCAGGAAGCAGCUGAUCCGAGAGGAUGAGAACCUUCAGGUGCCGUUCAUUGAGCUCCACGGGGAGAGCACAGAGUACGUGGGGCGAGCAGAGGAUGCCAUCAUUGCCCUUUCCAACUACAGGCUCCACAUCAAAUUCAAGGAAUCUGUUGUGAAUGUUCCAUUGCAGCUCAUCGAGAGUGUGGAGUGCCGGGAUAUAUUCCAGCUUCAUUUGACUUGCAAGGACUGCAAGGUUAUAAGGUGUCAGUUUUCCACCUUUGAGCAGUGUCAGGACUGGCUGAAGAGGCUGAACAAUGCCAUCCGCCCCCCGUCCAAGAUAGAGGACCUGUUCUCCUUUGCCUACCACGCCUGGUGCAUGGAGGUUUAUGCCAGUGAAAAGGAGCAGCACGGGGACUUGUGUCGGCCAGGAGAACAUGUAACUUCCAGGUUUAAGAACGAAGUGGAGCGGAUGGGGUUUGAUAUGAACAAUGCCUGGAGGAUUUCCAACAUCAAUGAGAAGUACAAGCUGUGUGGCAGUUACCCCCAGGAGAUCAUCGUUCCCGCCUGGAUCACGGAUAAGGAGCUGGAGAGCGUGGCCAGCUUCCGCUCCUGGAAGCGCAUCCCUGCCGUGGUGUACAGGCACCAGAGCAAUGGGGCAGUGAUCUCCCGCUGCGGCCAGCCCGAGGUGAGCUGGUGGGGCUGGAGGAACGCCGACGAUGAGCACCUGGUCCAGUCCGUAGCCAAAGCCUGUGCCUCAGACUCCAGGUCCAACAGUAACAAGUUAAUGAAUGGGAAUUGUUCCAGAGAUUUCUCCAACGGAGGGGACCUCUCUGAUGUGGAAUUCGACUCCUCCAUCUCCAAUGCCUCAGGAGCAGAGAGUUUGGCAAUCCAGCCGCAGAAGCUUUUGAUCCUGGACGCGCGAUCUUACGCAGCAGCCGUGGCCAACAGAGCCAAGGGGGGUGGCUGUGAGUGCCCAGAAUAUUACCCAAACUGUGAAGUAGUGUUCAUGGGGAUGGCAAACAUCCAUUCCAUCCGCAAGAGCUUCCAGUCGCUGCGUCUGCUCUGCACACAAAUGCCAGACCCAGGAAAUUGGCUGUCAGCUCUGGAGAGCACCAAGUGGCUGCAGCACCUGUCAGUGCUCCUGAAAUCCGCGCUGCUCGUGGUGCACGCCGUGGACCGGGACCAGCGGCCGGUGCUGGUUCACUGCUCCGACGGCUGGGACCGCACCCCCCAGAUCGUGGCCCUGGCCAAGCUCCUGCUGGACCCCUACUACAGGACCACGGAGGGUUUCCAGGUACUAGUGGAGACGGAGUGGCUGGAUUUUGGCCACAAGUUUGCAGAUCGCUGCGGCCACGGGGAGAAUUCAGAUGACCUCAAUGAGCGCUGCCCAGUGUUUCUGCAGUGGCUGGACUGUGUCCAUCAGCUCCAGAGGCAGUUCCCCUGCUCCUUCGAGUUUAACGAAGCAUUCCUUGUGAAGUUGGUGCAGCACACCUACUCCUGCCUCUUUGGAACAUUCCUGUGCAACAAUGCGAAAGAGAGAGGAGAGAAACACACUCAGGAACGGACCUGCUCCGUCUGGUCUUUGCUGCGGGCAGCAAACAAAGCCUUCAAAAACCUGCUCUACUCCUCCCAAUCGGAAUCUGUGCUGUAUCCCGUGUGCCAUGUGCGGAACUUGAUGCUCUGGAGCGCUGUUUACCUGCCCUGCUCCUCCCCCUCCACGCCCGCCGACGACACCUGUGCCCCGUACCCUGUGCCAGGCUCUAGCCCCGAAGAGCAGCCUCUGGGCAGGUUACCAAAGACAAGAUCCUUCGACAAUCUGACGACAGCCUGUGACAGCAGCGUGCCUACAACCAACCGCCGGAGCAGCGACCCCAGCCUCAACGAGAAGUGGCAGGAGCACCGCCGCUCCCUGGAGCUCAGCAGCCUGGGCCCCCCUGGGGACGACCCCUUUGAGGGGGACGGGCUGGGCAGGCAGGGCAGGGCCCCCGUGGGGGCAGAGCUCUCUGUGGCAGCCGGGGUGGCAGAGGGACAGAUGGAGAACAUUCUGCAGGAGGCCACUAAAGAUGAUGUUGGGCUGGAGGAGCACUUGAGGGGUGGCCUGGAGGCAGCAGGGAAAGGGGAUGAGGUUGGCCUGGAUAAGGAGAAGAGAGCUGACAAUCUGUGUGGAGAAAAGGCCGAGGCGGAUACAGGUAUCGUAACGAACAAUCCCACACCCACCCCACACCCGGCCUCACGCGGUGCUUCGGAGCUCAAAGGACAACAGGACGAGCACAGCGACCCCAGCAGCGCUCUCCAGAAGGCACCUCUGGGAAGAGGAGUGCAGGCUGUUCCUGCCGAGGGCUCCGGAAACAGAGAUGCUCCAAACAACGCGGAGGAAGAAGACGUUGGGAAAGGCGAAGAAGUGGAGAGCCCGUACGGCACGGCCCAGGCCGGCCUGGCCUUCCCUCUGACAGCCCUGCCAGAGCUGAGGACAUCCAACAUCGAGAGCUCCACAGAGACCUUAACGGAGACUGAAGCAAAGCCCGAGCUCACGCCCAGGGCUCCGUGCCACAGACCUCACCCCUUCGACAACAGCGCUGACGAGCUGUCCCGAACUCUGGAGAACAGGCCGGAGGGGGAGUGCAUGAUAGAGCUCCAAAAACUGGGAUCAAGAAUGCAUAGGACUUCUAGUAGCAACGCCACACACCUCCCGAUGCCUUCCCCUUGUGCCUUGCCUCUAGCAGACCGCAAAGAUGAGGUGGUGUGUAACGGGGAGCUGGAGCCGGAGAACAAACUGGCAGAGAAACCCGCGGGAUUCACGGCCCCGAAAUUCCCCGCCACCAACGGACACUGCGUCAACGGCGAGGAUGGGCGGAUCAAGGCCUCGCUGAGCCGGCAGAUGUCCAUGGCCAGCUGCAGCUCUGCCCAGCUCCACCUGAGGAACUUGCACCAGAAAUGGAUGUUCAGCCAGCUUGGGAAGCAGCCGGCCGGCAGCCCGGACCAGCCGGCCCGCAGCCACCUGGACGACGACGGGAUGCCCGUCUACAGCGACGUCAUCCAGCAGCGCCUGCGCCAGAUCGAGACGGGCCAUCAGCAGGAGGUGGAGACCCUCAAGAAGCAGGUGCAGGAGCUGAAGAGCCGCCUGGAGAGCCAGCUCCUCAACAGCUCCCUGCGGCUCAACGGCGACUACGGCGACGAAGUGACGUCUAUUCCUGACUCGGAAAGCAAUCUGGAUCAGAACUGCUUGUCUCGCUGCAGCACAGAGAUUUUCUCUGAAGCCAGCUGGGAACAGGUGGAUAAACAGGAUACAGAGGUGACGCGGUGGCUCCCGGAUCACCUGGCCGCGCACUGCUACGGCUGCGACAGCGCCUUCUGGCUCGCCAGUCGGAAACACCACUGCAGGGCUGGGCUUGGAACAGCUCCCAGAGCCUGGAUACACACAGAUCACCCCCAGCCCCACGAGGAGUUAAAAUGGACUCAGGUUUUCAGGGACACUGACCGAGUUGAUCAGCUCUGGAAUUGUGGCAACGUGUUCUGCUCCAGUUGCUGUAACCAGAAGGUGCCCGUUCCCAGCCAGCAGCUUUUCGAGCCCAGCAGAGUCUGCAAAUCCUGCUACAGCAGCCUCCACCCCGGCAGCUCCAGCCUGGACCUCGAACUGGACAAGCCCAUCACUGCCACAUCCAACUGAAUUCCUGGCCUGGGAGCGGCGGGGGAGCAGCCGAGCCGACCCUUCCCCACGGACACGCGGGUUCCCGGGGGGCCGAGGCUGGGAGGCUGCGCGUGGAGCUCGGGGCGUGGGGCGGGACAGACCUUGAGGAUGUGCCGCUGGAUCGUGGGAUUCUCCUUGUCCGGCUCUUCCCCUUUCCUGCCUGUCCUGUCUGUGUGUCCGUGUCCCCGCGCGUGCGUGUGUGUGUAUAUAAUAAUCUAUCUGUUUGUUUGCAGGAGGGGCGUGGAGGUGGGGAGGGGGCUGGUGCCAGCACCAGGAUCCCGUGGGUAUUUAUCUGUCCCGCUGCGGAACCGCUGCAGGCCGAGGAUUCGGGGGAGCAGGGAGCAGAGGGAGCUGGGCUGGCCGGAGUGCAGAGCCUGAAUAGCUGCAGCCUCCAGUGCUUUCAAUCACUCUUGUUAUUCCAAACCCAAAACUGCUGUUUGGGAACCUGUUGCUGCUAGAAGAGGUGGGAAUCUCCUUCCCCAGAGACCCGUUCCCUCUCUGUUCUCACAGUGGGCCCGAGGGUGUCUCAGAUUCCUGUGCUGGUGGCUCUGUACCUGCACGCACAAUCCGUGAGGUCUGAGCCCUCGGAGCAGGAACACCUGGAACGCUGGCUCAGGAAUGCUGUUGGUGAGAGCCGAGCCAGGCGUCACACCGGGCCUUGCCAGGAUUCAAUCCAGCUAGGACAGGAGCAGACCUUUGCCUUGUCCUUGCCCCAUCCGUGUGAGAUUCCCUCUGGGAGCAGAGUGUUGCUCUCAGGUCCUGGCUGGUCACUCGCACUUUAUUGGAUGAUCCAAACCGACAGAAGGCGGCCGGGACCCGCCGGUGUCACCGGGCUCGGCCCGUGCGGAGUGCGCUGGUGCUGGGCACCCCCCUGGGAUGUUCCUCCUUUCCCAGGCUGUGUUCAGUGUACUCCAGAUAGGAAAAAACUGCCUGAGGAGCUUAAAACAAUCCAAAAUACAUCAUGGAUUCCCCUUCCUCCUUCUGUCCCAAUCAGUCACCUCACUGAAGGGUGAAACUCCCGAAUAUCCGUUUGUAACCGACUGGUAGGUGCUCAUCCCAUUCCCUUCCCAUAGAUCCUGCUUAGUGCAAUCUGGCAAGGAGGAAGAGUAGAUCCUGCUCACCGUGCAUUCCCUAGGCAAAAUCCGAAAUUCUCUAUGGUGUUCCCAAGAAUCCUGCUGGAGUAUUUCAGAGUUCUAGAUACAACAGCUCAAAAUCCAAGAAACCUUGGGAAAAGAGCAUUUCCCUUCCCUGGAAUGCCACAAUCACAUCAUCCAAAGGGAGGGUCCGGUGGAGAAACCAUCUGGCAGAGCCCAGUGGGUUUGAGGAGAAGCACUGGGAUGGUUGGACUGUGCCCUUCCCACCCUGCCGGGAUCUGUGUGCUGGUGUGAAUGUCCAGGAAGGAGGAGGCUGCGUCCUUGUGGGAAAGGCGUCUGGGAACGGACGGAGCAUCUUGGGAUCUCCCUGGCACAGGUUUAGAGAAAGAGACAGUGAGGGAAAAGCCAAGGCAUGUUUAGGAUCUGUUCCUAACGCAGCAGCGGGGGCUGGAAGAGAGGCACAGGCGUCGCUGUUCCGCACGGAGCAGGACGAGGGAACGUCCGGCUCUUCCCGGGGGGUGGCGAGGGGGAGGUGGCAGGGCCGGCGUGGGGGGACACCCCAGCCUUGUGUGGCUUUGUGGUGCAGAAUCAGCCGGAGCCUCCGCACGUGCCAAGAGGGUCCGCUCCGGGCCGGGGCUGGGAUGUACAGUGUGAAUAAAAGCUUGCAGCUCUUUAGGCUUUUUUGGAUCGAUGAAGCACUUUUUUUAUUAAUAUUAUUUUUCUUUGUAUGUAAAGGAGGAAGCCGUCUCUCCGUAGCUGUGUACAGAAAUAACCCUUCUCUCCGCAAGAGAGUAAAGUGCUCCUAUAUUUUUCAUUUUUGUCAAAAGCAAGAAGUAAAUACUUUAGAAUUGUUAAAUAUAUAAAUAAAAGUGAAUAAAGUUUAGACUUUUGCAUGGGA